UCGCUCUCGGAGAGCGCGUCGUUGCGGGCGCGUUUGGCGCGUGGCGGCACCACCCGCGACCCUCCGGUGCCGCCUCUUUCUCUCUUCCCACCCUCGCUCCCUUUCUCUCCUAGCCCGCGCGCUCUUCCACGGGGCUUCCUUGCGUGCCUUUCCUCCCGCCCAGCGCGGCGCUGCCUGACGGAUACCGCGGGAUGUCGGGAGCGGUGUCGGGCGGCGGGCCUGGACUCGUGGCUCAGGGACUGAAAGAAGCGCUGGUGGAGACCCUGAACGGGAUCCUCUGUCCGGUGCAGGGCGUUCGUGCUGCAGCUGAGGAGCAGGUGAAGGUGCUGGAGGUGACGGAGGAAUUUGGUGUUCACUUGGCAGAGUUAACUGUAGAUCCCCAAGGAGCACUGGCUAUUCGUCAGCUAGCAUCUGUGAUUUUGAAACAAUAUGUGGAAACUCACUGGUGUUCCCAAUCAGACAAGUUUAGACCUCCUGAAACUACAGAAAGGGCAAAAGCUGCCAUUAGGGAACUGCUACCCAAUGGAUUGAGGGAAUCAAUUAGCAAAGUUCGUUCAAGCGUUGCUUAUGCAGUUUCAGCAAUAGCACAUUGGGACUGGCCUGAAGCUUGGCCUGAGCUUUUUAAUCUCUUGAUGGAAAUGUUGGUCAGUGGAGAUCUAAAUGCAGUGCAUGGAGCUAUGCGAGUGCUUACAGAGUUCACUCGAGAGGUAACUGACACACAGAUGCCCCUUGUAGCUCCAGUUAUUCUUCCAGAGAUGUACAAGAUUUUUACAAUGGCUGAGGUGUAUGGUAUUCGUACAAGAUCACGUGCUGUAGAAAUCUUCACCACUUGUGCACAGAUGAUUUGCAAUAUGGAAGAGUUGGAAAAGGGAGCAGCCAAAGUUCUGAUUUUCCCUGUGGUGCAGCAGUUUACUGAAGCCUUUGUUCAGGCUUUGCAAAUGCCCGAUGGCCCUACAUCAGAUAGUGGACUUAAAAUGGAGGUUUUAAAGGCAGUGACAGCAUUAGUGAAAAACUACCCAAGACACAUGAUUUCCUCUAUGCAACAGAUUCUUCCUAUUGUUUGGAAUACGCUUACAGAAAGUGCAGCCUUCUAUGUGAGAACAGAAGUAAAUUAUACAGAAGAAGUGGAAGAUCCAGUGGAUUCUGAUGGUGAAGUUUUGGGCUUUGAAAACCUAGUUUUCAGCAUAUUCGAGUUUGUUCAUGCUCUAUUAGAAAACCACAAGUUUAAAAGCACAGUGAAGAAAGCAUUGCCUGAAUUAAUAUAUUACAUCAUUCUCUAUAUGCAGAUAACAGAAGAACAGAUAAAAGUCUGGACUGCUAAUCCGCAACAAUUUGUUGAGGAUGAAGAUGAUGAUACAUUUUCCUAUACAGUUAGAAUUGCUGCACAGGACUUGCUGCUGGCUGUGGCAGCUGAUUUCCAGAAUGAAAGUGCAACAGCUUUGGCUGCUGCAGCUACAAGACACUUGCAGGAAGCAGAGCAAGCCAAAAAUACUGGUGCUGAACAUUGGUGGAAGAUACACGAAGCUUGCAUGCUGGCUCUAGGCUCAGUCAAGUCUCUUAUCACAGACUCCGUAAAAAAUGGAAGUAUACAUUUUGAUAUGCAUGGAUUUCUAACCAAUGUUCUUCUUGCUGAUCUCAACCUCUCAGUUUCGCCUUUUCUUCUUGGCCGUGCUCUUUGGGCGGCCAGUCGGUUCACAGUUGCAAUGUCUCCAGAGCUCAUCCAGCAAUUUCUACAAGCAACAGUCAGUGGCCUUCAUGAAACACAACCUCCUUCUGUGCGAAUUUCUGCAGUAAGAGCUAUCUGGGGCUACUGUGACCAGCUGAAGAUUUCUGAAAGCACCCAUGUCCUACAGCCUUUUCUUCCUAGUAUCCUUGAUGGAUUAAUCCAUUUGGCAGCUCAGUUUAGUUCAGAGGUUCUCAAUCUUGUGAUGGAAACCCUUUGCAUUGUCUGCACAGUAGACGCAGCCUUUACAGCAAGUGUGGAGAACAAGAUUUGUCCCUUCACCAUUGCAAUAUUUCUCAAAUAUAGUAAUGAUCCAGUUGUCGCUUCUCUUGCCCAGGAUAUUUUUAAAGAACUAGCACAAAUAGAAACUUGUCAGGAUGCAAUGCAGAUGAGAUUAAUUCCAACUCUUGUCAGUAUCAUGCAAGCUCCUGUUGAUAAAAUUCCAGCAGGACUUUGUGCAACUUCAAUAGACAUAUUAACAACUGUUGUAAGAAAUACUAAACCACCCCUUUCGGACCUCUUAAUCUUCCAAGGUUUUCCUGCUGUGGCUCAGUGUACCCUGCACACAGAUGACAAUGCUACCAUGCAGAAUGGUGGCGAGUGUUUACGUGCAUACAUCUCAGUCGCUCUGGAACAAAUUGCACAGUGGCAUGAUGAGCAAGGCCACAAUGGACUGUGGUAUGUGAUGCAGGUAGUGAGUCAACUUCUGGAUCCACGCACCUCAGAAUUCACAGCUGCCUUCGUAGGCAGGCUAGUUUCUACAUUGAUUUCCAAAGUUGGGAGUGAAUUGGGAGAAAAUCUGGAUCAGAUUCUCAGAGCAAUUCUUAGUAAAAUGCAGCAAGCAGAAACUCUCACUGUAAUGCAGUCUUUGAUCAUGGUAUUUGCUCAUCUAGUUCAUUCUCAACUGGAACCAUUACUAGAAUUUCUUUGUAGUUUACCUGGACCAACAGGCAAGCCUGCUCUGGAAUUUGUAAUGUCGGAGUGGAUGAGUCGACAACAUUUGUUCUAUGGACAGUAUGAAGGGAAGGUCAGUUCUGUAGCUCUGUGUAAGUUACUCCAGUAUGGUAUCAAUACAGAUGACAAGCGCCUCCAAGAUAUCAGGGUAAAAGGGGAAGAAAUAUUUAAUAUGGAAGAAGGUAUACGUACACGAUCAAAAGCAGCCAAAAAUCCUGAGCGCUGGACCAACAUUCCUUUGUUAGUUAAAAUAUUAAAGCUGAUAAUAAAUGAGCUUUCUAAUGCAAUAGAAGCAAAUGCUUCUCGACAGACUGCUGCAGAAUGGAGCCAAGAGGAGUCCAAUGACAUGUGGGAAGAUCAAGAAGAUGAGGAGGAAGAAGAAAACGAAGGGUUAACAGGCCAGCUAUUGUCAGAUAUUCUUGCCACCAAUAAAUAUGAUGAAGAUUAUUAUGAAGAUGAUGAUGAGGAUGAUCCAGAUGCAUUGAAGGAUCCUCUGUAUCAGAUAGAUUUACAGGCUUAUCUUACACAAUUCUUAUGCCAGUUUGCCCAGCAGCCUUGCUAUGCAAUGUUCUCAGACCAUCUCAAUGAAAAUGAAAGAAGAGUUCUUCAGACCAUUGGCAUAUAAAUCCAGAGUAUCCGUGAUAAUAUCAAGGCAACAUUUUCUGGUUUAGUUCAUGUUUUUUAACCUAAACAGAGAACACUUCCUUUAUUCACAAAAUAUUACAAAUAUGAUUAAUUUUUAUUUGGAAGUACUGCUGGUGAUUUAGAAGGCAACAAAAGGCAAAUAUGUAUGGAGUUUUGCAUACUGAAUUUGCACAAUGGGAACACUAUUCUUCCGAUAAACUUUCCAGUUUGGCUCGAAACAUUUUUUCCGCUACUGAAAAAGCACUUCACUGACUUCUUACAGCACAGUUUAAUGAAAUGAGGAAGGAACUGUUGUCACUAGCUUGUUUAUCUACCAUAGAAACUUGGAAGUGCUUCACACUUUUGUUACGCAGGAUAUAUUAUCUUGAUCUAACCAGAUGACAUUUUUUAUAUAGACAUUUGGAAUGAAAUGGAAUCUGCUUCCAAUCCAAUACUUUGAAUUAAAAUCUGAAAAAUAAAAAUGCUAAAUUGUUUCCUUUUUUAGAAAACCUUUGGGGCUCUACCAUUUCAUAAUUCUGUACUAAAACCAUCAUGCACCCUUAUUGAGCAGACUUGCUACAUUAAAACUCAGUUCCUGUGGUUACUGAUAACUUUUGUUUAGAAACCAAACUUUUUUUAUAUGAAAUUGAUUGUAUUUAACUUGUUUAUUUGCUUCAUGAAUCCAUUUCUCCAAAACUGUUUGCUUUGUUCACACAGAGGAUUAUAUAACUGACUAAACCAUAGUUCACAAAUUAGUACAAGUAUUUUUAUAGGAUAGUAAAAUUAAUAUUGCUGGUUACUCUAAAAAUCAGUACACCAAUGCAUCUCCCAACACCUUUUUGCCUUUUUCUCCCUUUUUGGGAAAUGAAAUAAAACUAUUCAAACAUAAAUUGGUAUUGUUCUUUUUAAAAUUCAGAAAAGAAAAUUGUACCCUUUGCUUUUAAUUACUACUUAGAGUACUAUAUUCCUGUAUAGAUUUGGAAAGCAACUUUCCGUUUAAUGUGUACUACUACAUUAAUUAAUCUGUGUUGAUUUCAAACUGUUUGAAGUGUAUACUAUAAGAAAUUUAUUUCUGUGAAAUGCCUAUUACAUGAGUAUUUCUGGCUCAUGAAAAAGCUAGGGCUUACACAGAGUUACAGAUAUACCAGUUAGAUCCAGAGUAUAUCCCUGACUUCCUUAAGAAAGAUAAUAUGUAUGAAGGUAACUAUGUAUUUCCCUCCUAUGAAUGAAGUAAAUCUAAUGGAAGGUAAAUUUUAGCAUACCACAAAUUUACCCUAAGAAAGUGUCUUUAAUGAUUUCUGCUUUAGGAUGUUUAAUAUAAUUAAAUUACUAAUAUAUUUUUAUGUGGACAC